UGGCAUGUCAAUUUGCCAGCUCGCUUCGAUUUAGUUUGGCAGAUGUGAAAAUGGAUUGAUUGUAAUUUUGAAUAAAAAAACGAAGAUAAACUGAAUGAAUGCACUGAAUGAUAUUAUCGAUACUCGUAAAGUGGUUAUAUAGUAAACAAAGGUACGAGUUUAUUUAUAAAAAUGGCUUCAAGAGGUGGUGUUAUGGUAACUGGUACAAAUGGUGCAGAUUUUCAGCACAGGGAAAAAAUAGCGGCUCAGUAUCAAAUAAGUGCAUUAAACAAGUCUAGACUGAAGUACUGUGUGUUCUUCCACCAUGUUUUGUUCCUGGUGAUGCUGGCCAAGCUCUCUGCUGACAUUUUGGACAAACUUGACAUUUUUAUAUUGGAAAUUGAAGAGCUACAAAUACCACAGCCCCUCUGGUGGGAGUACAUCUGGUGCCUGUCCUUGCCACUCUCGUUCCUUGGCCUCUCUGCAAUCAAACGGAACAACAUCCUACAUCUCCGCAGAUAUAUGUAUGGCAUCACGGGACUAGGUCUGCUACCAUUGCUCUACUGUGUGCUGCACUACUGUGGUGAUGUGUGGCUGUAUUUGGCUGAUGAUGAUGAUGAUGAGGAAAUACAGCUGUGGCAGGGUUAUCCAUACGGCCUGCUCUGGUACGCCUUCGUGUUUCUAGCGUGUCAAGUUCACUUUUUCCAAUUGUACUUCUCCUACAACCUCCUUAAGGCCUGGCGUUCCAGAGGCACUUACAAGAAAGUGAAUUAAACACAGAAUCAAUGAUAUCCUAAGAAUUUUGUAACCUUAAAACAAAUUUUUGUAAUGGGCAGUUGUGUUACGAGUUUUUUUUUAUGUUUGUUAUGGCUAAAAUCUUUAAAGAAGGAAAUAUUUAACAACCGUUAUUGUUAUGAGAUUUUAUGCGUUUGUUCAAAGACCAGGUGUAAAGGAACCAAUUUAAAGAUAGAUUUUUUGGAAUGAUAACUAUAAACUUACUGAAAGGCUAGAAUUUUAUAUUCGAGUAUAUAAUAAAUUGUUCUCCAUAUUUGAUCUAUAUUUAAUCUAAGCAAUCUGUCAUUGAUUUUCAAUGAAUAAAAAUGUUAUAUCAAUUUCAUUUUAUAGAUACAUGUUGCCGUAUUCCAAGAUUGAAGUUACUUGUUUUUUCUCAUAGUUAACUCUUUUUAAAAAGAGCUUGUUAAAACUUUUCUGUCCAUAAUUCUUAUAAUGUCCUCUUGGUCACAUGACUGGGAACACUAAAAUAAUACAAAUUAAUAUAAUAAUCCCUAUGCCUAUUGUACGAGACUAUAGAAUUACUAAAGAUUGCUCUAUCUCUGGCAGCCAGGUUUCCAAUUAUAGAAUAAAGGAGAUUGCGAGGAUUAAUUAUAAUUUUCUAAAAACAAUUUAAGAUAGAUUCGGUAAGGACCAUCUUAAAUAAUUCUUAGGAUGACAUCUCAAUAGAGGAAGCGAGAUGGACGCAUUACAUUUAAUAUAGCGUCGUCUCAUUCACACCAACGGUGAUGGUUUGAUGUGUGAUUUCCCAGCGAGUGUUAUUUGUUAACUUUACACGAUUGUUAAUAAAAAAUUUGAUUCUU